CCAAAAUGAACAGGAUUAUGUGUAUUUUUAUUGCAUUUUUGUGCAUAUUUUCAAGAGCUGAGGGUUUGUUGUUCCACGGACAAACCAAUGUUACAUCACCGCCCAAUGGACGUUCUGAUCCUGACGUGUACAAACAACUUCUUCAUCUGGAAAAUGUUUUAGAUUCUAUAAUGAUGGAUCAGAAACAACAAGCUCACAAAUUUGAACAACAGCAAAACUUUUUAGAAGAAGAGAUUCAGACCUUGAAGCAAUGGAAUCAAACAGCCCAGAUAAAGAUAUCGGUUUUAGAAAGUAAAAACAAGAUCUUGAAAGAAAGACUCAAUAAUUUGAAUACUUCAUCCACUUUAUCACAGCAAGAGGCUUGCCUGAAUGAAAAACUGAAAAGUCUGAAUUCAACAUCAACAUUUUUGCUUCAAGAGAAUGCAAUUUUGAAAGAACAAGUUAAGACUCUGAACUCUACUUCCAUUUUUAUACAACGAAAUUUGAUAACAUCAGAAGAUCUUAGAAAAAUGGAAAGAAUUUUAACCUUUGAAAUAGAGCAGACAAUAAGAAUUAGAGAACAGGAGAUGAUGAAGAAUAUAUCCGCCACAGUCACAGACCUGGAGCUAAGAGACCGAUAUUUAACACUUUCUGUGUUAGAUGUACUACGCAACAUGACACUCAUUGACAACACACUUUCCAAACUCAUGCAACAACAGAAGAAAAAUGAAGAGCAACAGAAUUCAACACUACAACACUUAUCACUUUCUGUGUUUGAUGUACACCGCAACAUGACUUCACUGAGCUACAUACUUUCCAAGUUUAAGCAACAACAGAAUACCAACGAAGAGCAACAGAAUAUGAUAAUACAAAACUUAUCACUUUCUCUUCUGGAUGUACACAACAACACAGCAGAGCUAUCGUCUUCACUUUCUAGUCUAGAUGCGCAGCAGAAACAGAUGAAGAGUGAGAUCCAAACAGUGACAAAUUCACAGCAAAAUGAUAUUACCAAACUGAACGAUACAAUUAUCCAUCUCAAGAAUCAUGUUCAAUCCAAAGUAGCUUUUACAGCUGGAAUUUUACGAGAAUAUGGCGGACAUGCAUAUACGGGUACAGUUCAAUUCCCAACAGUCAUUUACCAAGUGGGAGGGGGAUACGACCCUACAACAGGAAUAUUUACUGCCCCAAAGGCUGGACUAUACCUCAUAUUCUGUACUAAUGUGGCACUUAACCAUGAAACCUUCUGGACCAAAAUAAUGAUUAAUGGUUCCUUUAAGGCAGGAGUCAUGGCCUAUGUUGGAUCAUCUUCUAUGUUAGUCUACCAAUCAGGUUCCAACCUCGUUGUCCACCAGUUACAGGUGGGGGACAGAGUUUGGAUAGAAGUACGCAGUGGUAGUCAUCUGUACUCAGACGUCUCAGAAACACUUUUUUCUGUCAUCAUGAUCAAUGGAUCAGAUUAA